UGUCAGUGUGUUGGAGACCUGCAGUUAAGAAGGGUUAGGGAGCAACAGACACACAAACUUGCCCACUCAGCACACAUGCACUCACACACAAACUCAACUGUGGCACGGGCCGCCACCGGACUCGCUGGAAAAUGAAUUUAAUGAAGGGAAGGACAGUCAGCCUACAGCAUGGACUCUGAAUCUCUGGACAACUGCAUUCAGAGCACGCUCUCUGCUCUCUACCCUCCAUUUGAAGCCACUGCGGCCACCGUGUUAUGCCAGGUGUUAGACGUGGUUGAGACGAAAUACCGUGGAGACGGACUACGCUACAUCAUUGACUUCCUGGUGCCUGCUAAACACAUCCUACAGAGCAUUCAACAGGAUGCAUGUUUCCCAUACUGUGGUUUCCUGUUUCGUCAUGAGGGCUGGCCGCUGUGUGUCCAUGAAAAGAUCAUAAUUCAGCUCUCAUCUUUGGACUGGCGUGUGUUACGGCCAAGCGACUUCUACUUACAGGUGACACCAUCACCCAAAAGCACCCCACGCAUCACAGUGAAGUGUCUGGCAGCUAGCAGGCAGCAUGUGGAGGAGCUGGAUGUGCCAGAGCUAGCAUACACCUCUCUAUUCACCAUGGAUUGGCUGGACUCCCUCAACCGGGAGAGGAGUGUGGUCAGAAAAGCCGCCCUGGAACACUGUCUUUUAUCAGCAGAUAAUGAUAUUUUUAGGGUACCGUGGGAGGAUAUUGUUCACCCAGAGUUUAUCAGCAGACCCCCCAAAGUUUCGGAAGAAGCUGAAAGUAGAGGGGUGGCUAAGGAAGUUGCCAACAGAGAGGAAAGGGACUCGGAAGUAGAUCAACAAGACAACCCUGAGAACAUUCAAUGUAGGAUUUUUAUUGACACUUCGACGGACCAAUCAGGGGAGAUGCACUGUCAGAGCAAGGGGGUUAAGCUCCUCCCUGCUCUCAGUGAGAUCAGUAAAGAGAGCAGUGGACGGAGCUCUAGCAGCACGGCAGAGGAUUCAGAGGGAGAGUAUGUGGAGCUAGCUGAUAUCUCCUUACCACGCUUUUCCCCACAGAAGGGCUCUCUCACUCAAGCCAUUAGCAUGAACUACAGAAAUCUACAUAAACCACAGACUGCGGCUUCUACUCAGCCUAAAGCCAAACCAGAACAGAGUCUAUUGAAGAAUGGCGCAUGCUCACAGAGCGUGGUGUGUGCCAUGCUGAUUGAGGAAAACCUGAGUGAUACCUACCAACCUGUGAUUUUAACCCCCACUGCUCCUGCAGAGGCAGAGCCUCAACUACAACAGGUGGAUGGGUCGGAGCACACCUGUGCUGCAGGUACAGCCUCCUGUGACAGUGUGUCUGAGCAUGAGUCUGAGCGAGAGUUUGUGUCUCAGAACUCUGACUGUGAUACUGCCCCACUUCUGGAUAUGUCAGCACAUAACAUAUCACAAACAGACUGUGAAGCAGUCAACACAUCACAACUAGACAGCAGUCUAGUCAGCACAUUACAACCAGACAGUAAACCAGUCAACACGUCACAACUAGUCAAUGGGCCAGUCAGGACAUCACAGCCAGACGUUAAUCCUGAAAACACAUCUCAUCUAGACAACCAUCUAAUGAGCACAUCACAGCUAGACAAUGAGCCAGGCAAGACAUUUUAUCCUGACAUUGAGCCAGCAAGCAUAGUUCAGCUAGACAACAUUCUAGCUAGCACAUCACAAUCAGACGGCAUGCCACCACUAGUCAAUGACCCAGUCAAGACUUCACAACCAUGCAUUGAACUAGUAAGCAUAUCUCAGCCAGAACUUAAACCACUAAACAUAUCUCAGCUUGACAGCGAACUAGUCAACACAUCACAACCAGACAGAAAACCAGUCAGCUCAUCGCAACUAGUCAGUGAGAUAGUCAAGACGUCACAAUCAGAUCAUAAACUAGAAAGCAUAUCUCAACUAGACAGCAACAUAAUUAACACAUUAGAACUAAACAAUGAGCCAAUCGAGACAUCAAAACAAAGUAGCGAUAACAAACUAGUCAGCACAUCACAACUAGACAACAGUCUAGUCAGCACAUCACAACCAGAUAACCAACUAUUCCACACAUCACAACUAGAAUGUGAACUAGUUUGUAUAUCUUUACCAGAAAGCAAACCACUCAUUGCUUUAGAUCUGUACAGCAUGCCACUAAGUACAUCACAAACAGACAGCAAAACAGUUCACAUGGAGCAACAAUACAGCGAGGUAACUAGUAUAUCACAACCAGAGAAUGAAAUGUUAUCUGGUACUUUAGAGAGGGUAAACUCAGAUCAAGCUUAUCCGGCUAAAAUUGAACUUGUUGUGUUUGAUCCUGCUGCAGAAGCAGAAGUCAUUUCUGAAUCUGAGCAGGUCCGAGGUGAUCAUGGACUGGAAAGCUGUUGUGAUUUACAGAACUGUAAAGUGUUGGUUUCUGAGUCUCUAACUGUUAGUGUGUCUUUACAAAAACAGACUGAGCAAACAGAGCACAGUGCAUGUCAGAUAAACAAACACAUCCAAAACCCUCCUGAGCAAGUGCAGGAUCUUUCUGCCCCAAAAGAAGACCAUCAAGCAUUUAGUAACGGUAGCCAUGACAAGAAUGAAUCUGAAGGUGAUUAUAGUUUGAGUGCACAGGAAGAAGGUGGGCCUGUUUCGGCUGCUCCUCAAAGCGAACAGGUAGCCUUGGCCUCUGUCUCCAUGGGGCCUGAGGAGGAUCCGGUUACGCUCAUUUCACAGGGUCAGGUGAGGACAGAGUCCCACGAGAACAGACACAACGAGACUGAGGUGAAACUCCAGACAAAAGAAGCCCAUGCAGAAAGAGAACUUGCAGGAAAUGUAUCUUGUAAGGAAGAAGGAACGGUAGAAAAGAAAAGCAUUGGAGUGACAGAAAGCAAGACAGAGAAUGACGUAGUAGCAGUUUGUAAGGCAGAGGAAGUUGAGACUGCUCAAACAGGUCUGGUAGAUGCCACACCCAAGUCUGAUUCCAGUGUUCAAGUUCAAGAGGAGGGCAGCUCCUCUGUAGGAACAGAUGAGAAGAAGCAAACCGGUGUUGAAGAGAAAGGGGUGGAGGAAGAGGAGACCGUGGACAUUACUGUGAGUGAGCAAGAGGCCAUAGUGACCAGCUAUUCUGAAAAUAUUGUCCAGUCAGCAUGCAAACAAGUCCUUGAUCCAGACGCAGAUGUGCCUGACACAAAUGGACACAUGCUCACUCAGGACAAACCUACCUCCAAAGGAGAAGGGCAAAAUACAAAGGAGGAGAGAAAGGGGGAAAAUGAGGAGAGGCAAGAGAAUGAGGCUACUUCCUCUGCAAAUGGCUGUCCAGCAGGGCAUCAGCAACAAACAGACAUGGACAACCAUUUCCAUCAGCAGGAAGAGCAAGCAUCCAGUCAGGAACUAGACCGCAUUGUUUCCCACCUGUCUGCUAAAACCCAAAAUGAAGACCCCUCAGCAGCUCCUUCACCACUGCCUCGAAUCUCCCAGAAGACCCAGCCUGUCCAGAGUGAGGCUCAUGACAUCAAUCCUGAUGUCCUGAGCUCUGGAGUGCUCUGCCUGCCGGGAACGAGAGAUAAAUCGGGCCAUGCCCUAGUGACAGUCACAAUGAGAAACACUGUCUGGUUGAAUCCGAACUGUAAUAGUGGAGAGCUGGUGCGGAUCAUGGUCUACUUCUUCAGUACACUCAGGAAGGAAGUCAGUGCUUUGGGCCUGACUGUCCUGGUGGAUGCCCGCAGGUGUUCUCCUGUCCCCGCCCUCUUUAAAUCCUUCAACAUCCUCCAGGAAGCCAUGCCGGGAUGCAUUCAUACAGUACUGCUGCUGGCCGACAGAGAUCUGGCUCUACGUGUGGAGAAAACCACUUCUGUACAGGUGGAGUUGUUGACAUCGCUUAAGUCUCUCUAUAAGCAUGUUGACAUCGCUCAACUCCCCACUGAGUUUGAAGGCACUUUCCCUUAUUCCCACAGCAGCUGGAUCUGUUUCAGAAUGAGGCUGGAGCUGUUGACCAGCCAUUGUGAGGAUGCUAUGAACCUGCUCCAGAACACCAUCAGCAAACUGGAGUCUACAGUGCUGCCCCCUACAGCAGAGGAAGCACAGAUCUUAUUGUGUAAGUACAGAGAGUUGAUGAGGACUGUUCUGGAGGACAGCAGGUUGGUGCGACUACAGCUGGAGGGAGGAGCCGCUCUGUCCCGUUUGCGAAAAGAGGAGACCAGCGUCAGUCUGACAGAGGACUACAGAGAUGCCAUCGAGAGUGCAGGCUGUCUGUACAACCAAGUGGACGAGUUGGUUCACAGACUGGUGAUGCUGUCCAACAAAUGCACACAGGAACUGGAAUUCAUCAUGGAGUUUAAGACUCUGGAGGAGGGAUUCAGAGAGGUGAGUCAGUGGAUAGAAGAAGUGGGCGAGACUCGUCUGCAGACACUGAGUGAGCUGGAAGAUUCCUUGGAGAAGUUACAUCAUAAACAGACUGUCUUCAGAGAAUUUUACACCGCUGCAUAUGAGCACUGUAAGAGCGGUGAAGCUCUCCUCAAGCGCUUAGAGAAGUGGGAAGACAUCUCUUCAGCAGAGCUGCAGGUGUACGAGGUGAAAGUACGCUCAUUCUGGGUCCAUCUACAUGAUUUCUCCCAGCGAGUGGAGGAAACCAAGGAUAAAAUUGACAAGACCGUUCGACUCUACGAGUUUUUUGACAAGGCAUAUGAAUGGGCGCUAGAGGGCAUGCGUCAUUUGGCGUGUGUUAGUAUGGAGGAAUGUGGCAUGUCUGAGAAGUGUCAGAGCGUGAUCACAUGUCUGGAGACCUAUCGCAAUCAGCACCCCCCGAUCCCCGACACACACUUCCAGGAGAUGAAGGACCUCGCUGGGGAGCUGAAGAGCGAGCAGGGACUCAAGCAGUGGAAGUUUGCUUGGUCCAAGUGUCAGGAGACCAAGCAGAUGUUUGAGAAGAAGCUGGAGAUGGCCCUGCGCACUCGCCGUGAGAGUGACCCUAAAUCAGCGAGGGGUGACUCCUCUCGCCGGAACUCUGACUGUAGCGCUAAACCUCAGGAGCGUAGCAGUAGCAUCUCCUUCUCAUGUCGGAAAGUGUUCGGCGGAGGCUGGGGCAGGGACAGACUUUCCUCACAGUCCAGCACGUCCUCCACUCCUUGCAGUCCUUCAGGCAAUCGCAUGGACACCCGUGACUCUGUCCGAACCCCCACAGGAAGUCCAUAUAGCAUUGAGCACAGAAUCCCCCACAGCACCCCUGUCAGAUCCCACAGGCUAACACGUAGCAUCUCUACAGAUGAGUCUCCACAGCGGCCACAACUGGAGGGGCAGGCAUGUGCAACAAGCCCAAGCCUCACUUCUGUAGAACCAAACCGCAGGGUUUUGAGGAAGACCCAGAGCUUUGAUACGGCCGGUAGUGAAUCUGUGUCACGCUACGGGACCUGUCAGAGAACUUUGAGUGAGCCUGCACGGAGAGGAAACACAGGGGUGUUCAUUAAGGGUCUGGAGGUGAGCAGCACUGAAGUGAUCGAUCGGCCGUACAGCCCGCGCCUGCCGCCCAUGCAUGGAUGGUCUUCUGUUGAUUCACACCGCAGCGGGAGUCCUGCACCAGAAACACGCAGCAAGGGCAGUAAACUACGCCACAUCGUGGAUGAGAUGGUGACAACAGAGCGUGAAUAUGUGCGUUCUCUGCGGUACAUCAUUGACAACUAUUUCCCUGAGAUGGAGCGCGCUGACCUGCCACAGGACCUGCGGGGAAAGCGCAGCGUCAUCUUCGGAAACCUGGAGAAGCUGGUGGACUUCCACAGCCAGUAUUUCCUGAAAGAGCUUGAGAGCUGCUGCAAUCAUCCUCUACGAGUCAGCCACUGCUUCCUACGACAUCAAGACCAAUUCAGCCUGUAUGCUUUAUACAGCAAGAACAAGCCAAAGUCAGACACACUUCUGGCCAGCCAUGGAAACUGCUUCUUCAGGCAUAAGCAGCUGGAGUUGGGGGAUAAGAUGGACCUGGCGUCGUACCUGCUGAAGCCCAUCCAGCGCAUGAGUAAGUACGCCCUGCUGCUGAAAGACCUGAUCAAAGAGGUGAGCGAAGUCCAGGAGCAGGAGCUGAUGUACCUGCGUGCCGCCGCCGAGAUGGUCAAAUUCCAGCUUCGCCACGGGAAUGAUCUGCUCGCCAUGGACGCUAUCAGAGACUGUGAUGUUAAUUUGAAAGAGCAGGGGCAGUUGGUUCGGCAAGAUGAAUUCACAAUUUGGUAUGGCAGGAAGAAGUGCCAAAGACAUGUGUUCCUGUUUGAGGAUCUAGUGCUGUUCAGCAAACCCAAACGCAUUGAGGGUGGCCUGGAUGUUUACAUAUAUAAGCACUCUUUCAAGACGGCUGAUGUGGGUAUGACAGAGACGUCGGGGGAGAACGCUCUGAGGUUUGAGGUCUGGUUCAGGAGGAGAACUUCCAAGAACCAGACCUACAUUCUCCAAGCCAGCACCUCUGAGAUCAAACACGCCUGGACCUGCGACAUUGCACGGAUACUAUGGCAGCAGGCCACCAGGAAUAAAGAAAUCCGAAUGCAGGAGAUGGUCUCUAUGGGGGUGGGCAAUAAACCCUUCCUGGACAUUAAACCCAGUGAUGCUGCUAUCAACGACAGAGCCAUUGACUACAUCAUGAAAGGCAGAGGGGCCAGGACGAGAGCCUCCAUUGCUGUCUCGCUUUUUGACCACUCAAACCCAUUCAAACGAGCUGCAGUAAAUGCUCCUGUUAGUGGCCCCCCAGUGUCCGGUGGCCCCUCUUCUUCCACACUGCUGGGGCCAUUGAAUCUACAUAUGUACAGCAGCCAAAGCCUGUUAGCAGGGGAGAGACCUCUCAUCAGCCCCUGCAUCGAGGAAGACGAGCUGGAGCACGAGACGAGCAGUCAGCCAUCUAUGACUACAGAGAGUUCGGGUUCGUCGUCUCACUGUCUGUCAGGUAGUGGCUCCAGCGGGUCAGACAGCGGAUGUGUGUCCAGUAGUCACCUUCCCGAGGCUUUGUCCGAGGAGCCCAGCUCACCGUGUGACUCCUCCUGUUACUCCUCCAUCACCUCUCCCACCCAGGAGAAACCCUGCUUUAACAGCCAGUACAUCUCAGCGGGGGAAGCUCAGGUGAUUGGUCCCUCUACUAUAGUGUGAGCUCAGUAAGCACUGCUGCAGUUUAAGACCUGUCUGCUUCAGACUGCGAAGACAACGUUGCCAGACCGAAGAGAAGUACAGAGCUAGUAUUUAUUGUUCCCACUGAGUGCCAGCAAAUCUCAUGCAGAGUUUAAAAUGCGCUCAAAAUAGCACUGUUUCUCUUUUUCUUUUUUAAGCCACUUUUAGCUUCAAUAGCUUUUUAUAUAAUUUUAAAAAUGAUCUAUAAAACUGAAUAAAUAUUCUUGUAUUUAUCUUCUUUUCCAAUGUUAAGAUACAGUAGUGUUCUCAGCUGUAUUAUUAAUUGUAAAUACUGUAGUAGUGUACAAUACACUUCUGAACUGUUGCGGUUGGUUAUUCACUUCCAACUCUUUUUGUUGUUGCCCAUUUUGCUGCAGAAGGUUUGAUUUAGAAAAAAAUGCCUUAAUGUUUAAAGGCAUGGCUAGAUUUCUAAGCAUCAAUACACUAAAGGUGUUAAGCAACGUUUAAAGCAUUUGUUGGUAGAGUUUCUCUUCUUUCUAGUGUUUCCAUAGUUUGUGGACCUGUAGUCAGUCAGUAUGCUGUAUGAUAGCUGGCCUGAUCCAGAAUUACAGAUCAUUCAUUCAAAUCAUACGACUGACCUCAGGUCAGCACUGCUGCCUGGUUGGAGAUGGUGAAAGUUUUCAUUUCAGUUCUCUUAUUUACAUUAUUAAGUAUAACUAAAUAAAACAUGUAAAUUGUAAAUAGUUGCACCAGUGGUGCUUUGGGGUCAUAGCGUUUAGAAAGUAAUGUUUAUACAUGUAUUAACCAGUCAACAUGGGAAUCACUCAAGUGCUCUUCUUUGUUGCCAACCCAAAUUGGAAGAGUACAAACAACAGAUAAUAGUCAUUAAAAAAGUGUUGCAAGUUCCACUUCAAGCUGAAGCAUGAGUAUGUACACAGAUGUUUUAUUUUCCAUCUUAACAAGUUCACACAGAAGUAAUAAAGAUAGCUUUGUAUCGACA